UUUUCAGGGUCACUGCUCACCUAAAGUUCGACCUCUUUUCCCUUUCUCAAAUUUAAUCCACAUCCAGUAAAUUAACAUUCUUAAAAAUUAAUCGAAUCAACCUUUCUUCUAGCCCCCAUCCGCUUAAGGGCAGCACACUCCAAUGCAGACUAAUUUGGUUCUUAAUUAUAUUUACCCAAGUCCCUCGAAGGCAAACCCGGACCUGGCUCACCUGACCAACUGGCUCUCCUGGUAUAAAAGGAAAAAUUCCCACAGCUUUUUUGCUUAGUUGGUGCGAUUUUUUACCCCGCCACGUCAAAAGAUAGCAGCGAGAUAAGCCAUGGCGAUUGAAAAACUUUUCCUUUCGAGGACCUUCUUGGUCGGAUGUGUCAUUUUGCUGACACAAUCUCCGGCGGUGUCAGCUGAAGGAGCUUUCCCGGGAUUGGUGCUUCGCGGAUUGCUGGAGACGCUGGGACAUCCGCUGAAGGUUACCGUCAUGAGUUGUUGGGGUGAAACGGACAGGUUGGAGGUGUUUAAAGUGCUAAAUGAGAGAUAUCUUACCUGUUUCGUUGAUGAUCACAUAAGUCGCUUUGUGGAGGACAUCAACGAUCAUCAGACCUUUUUGGUGGUGGAUUUGGCGUGUCCAGGAACUAAACAAUUGCUCAAAUCGGCUGGACUGUUGCUCUUCAUGAAGUAUCGUUGGUUGAUCGUGAACUCAAAAUUUUUCGUCGAAGAUCAUCCCUCAGAAGAAGAUCAAGUAAAAUAUUUCGAACAAAGUUUAGCAGAUCUUUCUCUGCUGGUCAGCAGUGAAAUCUUCAUCUUUAUCAAGCAAACUGCGAACAAUUUUUCGGUCAAUCAGAUUUUCAAGCACUUUGAGCUGGCACCGUUUAAAGUAGAACUGUUUGGAUCGUGGAUCGAUGGGAGUUUUAAGGAUGAACGCAACGAGCGCGUCACUUCCGUGAGGAGACUUGAUCUGCAAGGUCACACGCUGCAGGCAUCGAUGGUUGUGACCAAUCAGGAAACGUUGCAGCAUUUGACGGAUUACAAGGAGAAGCACAUCGACACCAUCACCAAGGUCAACUACAUCCUCACGAACUGCCUGGCCGCGUACAUGGGCGCCCACGUCAACUACUCGGUGGUGUCCACGUGGGGCUACCUCAACACGACGACCGGCCGCUGGGACGGCAUGAUCGGCGAGCUGUCCCAGCUGCGCGCGGACCUGGGCGCCUCGCCGCUGUUCUUCACCGCGGACCGGGUCGCCGUGAUCGAGUACGUUGCGAUGACUUCCGCGACGCGGUCCAAGUUUAUCUUUCGCUCGCCGAAGCUUUCGUUCACGGAGAAUGUGUUCCUGUUGCCGUUUGAUGAUCUCGUCUGGAUGUGUAUCGGUGGAGUUGUCCUGCUGUCGUCCGGAUUGUUGGUCAUUACGGGUUUGGCCGAGUGGCGCGUCCCGUUGACUGCUGAUGAUCCCGCGGACGCAACGAUUCUGCGGCCAAGCUUUCGGGACACCCUGUUGGUGAUCUAUGGAGCUACCUGUCAACAGGGUGCCUCGAUCUUACCUCGGAGCUUCGCCGCUCGUACGAUCACGUUGAUUGCGUUCCUGGUGCUGAUGUUCCUGUACGGAUGCUACUCGGCGAACAUCGUAGCCCUGCUGCAGAGUCCGUCGACGAAGAUCCGAACGCUGGAAGAUCUGCUGGCGUCCAGAUUGAAGUUUGGAGUUCAUGACACGGUAUUCAAUCGGUAUUACUUCACGCAUGCGUCGGAACCUACCAGGCAGGCGAUCUACGAGCGGAAGAUCCGGCAACCGGAUGGGUCGCAGAGCUUCAUCGCGCUGGAACAGGGCGUGGACAAGAUUCGCAACGGUUUGUACGCGUUCCACGUGGAGCAGGGCGUUGGUUACAAGGUCAUCAGUGAAACGUACCAAGAAGACGAAAAGUGUGGCCUCCAGGAGGUUCAGUACCUGCAGGUGAUUGACCCGUACUACGCGAUCCAGAAGAACUCCUCCUUCAAGGAGCACGUCAAAAUUGGACUGUUCCGUCUCAACGAGCACGGUAUUCAGUUCCGGGAGAAUGCCAACCUGUACACGAAGAAGCCCAAGUGUACCGGUGGAGGGGGCAAGUUCGUUCCGGUCAGCCUGGUGGACACCGAACCGGCCAUCCUGGUCAUCGUGUGGGGCGCAGGACUUUCAGCGACCGUUUUCACUGCAGAACUGAUCUGGUGGAAGGUGUACCGGUGGUUCCAGGAUUGGAAGGGCUCGCGGGUCAUCAGAAUGGUGCAUUGAAAGAAGGGCU